AAUCGGUUCACUUCAUAUAAUUCAUCCGCGUUUGUCCGUCGACCAAAAUUGCUCCCAUUUCGUUCUUCCCUUCAUCAGUCCUCCUCCUUCCGUCUUCCCUUUUCAAAAGGCUCAAUGACUGCCGCCCGUGCUGCUUUCUCUCGUGCAAUCGCAAAUGCUCGUGCACGUCCUUCAUUGCCUCUGAACCGUGUUGCAUUGGCUCGCGGGUAUGCGACGGCAAGUGAAAACUCGAUGACCGUCCGUGAUGCACUCAAUGUUGCUAUGGAGGAGGAGAUGCUGCGCGAUGAGAACGUCUUCGUUCUCGGUGAGGAGGUAGCUCGGUACAAUGGUGCUUACAAGGUCACCAAAGGUCUUCUUGACAAGUUUGGCGAGAAGCGUGUCGUUGAUACUCCCAUCACUGAAAUGGGUUUCGCCGGUAUCGCUGUCGGUGCUGCACUCUCAGGUCUACGACCAAUAUGCGAGUUCAUGACCUUCAACUUCGCCAUGCAAGCCAUUGACCAGAUCGUCAACUCGGCUGGAAAGACUUACUACAUGUCCGGUGGAAACGUGCCCUGUCCUGUAGUUUUCCGUGGUCCCAACGGUGCAGCUUCUGGUGUCGGUGCUCAGCACUCGCAAGACUAUGCAGCCUGGUAUGGCUCAAUCCCCGGUCUCAAGGUUGUCAGCCCUUGGAGCGCCGAGGAUUGCAAGGGUCUGCUCAAGGCCGCCAUCCGGGAUCCUAACCCAGUCGUAUUCCUCGAGAAUGAGAUGAUGUACGGUGUCACCUUCCCAAUGUCUUCAGAAGCCAUGUCAGACAACUUCACUCUUCCUAUCGGCAAAGCCAAGGUCGAGCGCGAAGGAUCCGAUAUCACGAUUGUGGCACACAGCAAAAUGGUCACUCACAGUCUUGAGGCUGCUGACCUUUUGGCCAAGGAGGGUCUCAAGGCUGAGGUCAUCAACCUUCGUAGCAUCCGUCCUCUGGAUAUUGAUACCAUCAAGGCAUCAGUCAAGAAAACUAACCGUCUCCUCAUCGUUGAGGGUGGUUUCCCUGCUUUCGGUGUUGGUAGUGAAAUCUGCGCCCAGAUCGUGGAGAGCGAGGCCUUUGAUUACCUUGACGCCCCAGUUGAGCGAGUAACUGGUGCUGAUGUACCUACACCAUAUGCCACCAACCUCGAGGCACUCUCAUUCCCCGACACACCUCUCAUCGUCAAGGUCGCCAAGCGGGCUCUUUACAGGACCAACUAGGCCACCCUAUACUGUUAUCCCAUGCAUCUGCUUUCAUACUUACACAUUCAUGGGCAUUAGUAGUCCUCUGGCCGCAAUAGACAUAUUACCCAUCUAAGUUGGUGGUCAGAACGGCCUCCGUACACGAUCUAUAAUAAUCGCUCUUUUGCCCAACUUUGCCCGUUCGUGUGGCAGGCUGCUCACGCCGUGCCAAUUUGUCAG